CUCGCUGCUUGAUGCUGGUCAAGGCUAUCACACACAAUCAGUCUGCCUUCUGUCGACAGCAUCUCAGUCCUGCGUCCUCCGUCAUUGCUGCCAAUGCGCCUCUUCUCCUCGCCAUGGAUACCAAAACUUUUCCUGUCGAUGUCAGCAACAUUGGCAUCCUGCACGCCAGCCCAUUGCCAGAUGACAUGCUUGACGAGCUGAGCUUUCAAAUCGAUGAAACAUCUCCCGACGCGCUUCAUCUGAAGCAGGCCGCGAAACAGCUCAGGACAUCCGACAUCCCUGUGGCCUUUCCCACAGAGACAGUGUACGGAUUAGGCGCGGACGCGACCAGAAGCGCGGCAGUGCAAGGCAUAUACAAGGCUAAGCAAAGACCUCUCGACAAUCCGCUCAUUGUUCACUUCCACUCUCUGAAUCAGUUGAGAUCUUUGCUCCAUGGACAUGCAUCAUCUCAAGCGAAUGGCAGUAGUGGAGAUCCUAUACCAGCUAUAUACAGGCCAUUGAUUUCUCGAUUCUGGCCGGGUCCACUCACUAUCAUUCUUCCGAAUCCCCAGGACUCACCACUGGCACCAGAAGUUACCGCAGGCUUACAAACAUUUGGCGCUCGCAUCCCCAGACACCCGCUAGCAUUAGCUCUCUUCUCCCUAGCGGAUGUGCCCAUCGCUGCUCCAUCAGCCAAUGCGUCAACUAAACCUUCGCCGACAGCAGCGGAGCAUGUCGCAUACGAUCUUGAUGGCCGGAUAGAGACGAUCAUUGAUGGUGGUCCAUGCGACGUUGGCGUGGAAAGUACAGUCGUGGAUGGUCUAUCACAGCCACCACUGAUUCUUCGACCUGGUGGCAUCAGUAUCGAACAAAUUCGUAACUGUCCUGGAUGGGAGUCCGUUCAGAUUGGCUACAAGAACACUUCUGAGAAAGGCACACAGCCCAAAGCGCCUGGUAUGAAGUAUCGUCACUACUCACCGAAAGCAACUGUUGUGUUGUACGAAGCUGGAAAGAAUCCACCAACCAAUGCGAACUUGAAGGCCCAACUUGGUUCGAAGGCCAAAGUCGGACUUUUAAGGACGAAGACCUGGCAGCUGGACAUCUCCCCAGCUGCCAGUACAGUGAUCUUCUCCAAUGGUCAUCAGUCCAAACAAGUAAAAAGUGUACCACAAGAAGGCAGAGCAGGCUUUGCCGGCAUGCUGCAAACCCUUCAACGGAGCGAUUGGGCAAAAGCUCGUCUUGAAACACAUAUCGUCUCUAUCGAUGGUGCUGAAGCCAACGUUCUCGACCUUGGUCUGGGGUGCGAUACUGAUGACAUUGCACGAGGCAUCUUCUCGGCACUCCGAGACCUGGACAGACAAGAGGUUGAUGCCAUAUUCGUCGAGGGAAUCGAUGAUAACGAAGGAUCCACAGCUGCGGCUAUCAUGAACCGACUUCGCAAAGCUGCAGAGAUUCGAGUCGAAGAUGGAAUUUGAGAAUCGCGAAUUCUUGGCAGUGGUGGAGCACUGGUCAGCUGUACGGCCAAUCAGAUAUCGUCUGCCUCGGCCGGCGGGCCGGAUCAAUACCGAAGCAGUUUCUAAGAUAUGCGGAGGCGAUGCGCCCCUUCCAUACUCUGCCACUGAUACAUAUAGCGAACGAACCUUUCGCACUCGCCAGCAACUCCAUCGGCUACUACUGGUAUCACUACUGCGAGCAAAUCACAUUGAGGGGGAGCGAAUGGCACCAGCUCUACAGCAACCACUCGGCGAUGCACAGUCAGGCGCAAGCGGAGCUGCUGAGUCCAACGGACAUCACUCUCGAAAGAAGUUCACGAUAUUGGUCACUGGAUUCGGACCAUUCCAAGACAAGUUCCCGGUGAAUCCCUCGUUCGAGAUCACGCAACGACUGCCCGAGUGCCUUCCUGCAACGUCUCAGAAGCACCCGGCAAUUCGUAUCAUUCCGUAUCCAAAGGCCAUACGGGUGGCCUUCGAAACUGUUCGCCAGCUGGUUCCACUUCUCCACAAUGACUAUGCCGGUACGAUAGAUGCGGUGCUGCAUAUCGGAAUGGCAUCUGGACGCAAACACUACUGCCUUGAGCGAUAUGCACAUCGAGAUGGCUACGUCAAGAACAGGGAUCUUGAUGGCAAGAUGCCUUCUGCGGACGAGGGCCGUACCAUCUUCGGAGACUGUCCUCCAAAGAUGACCACGUCCUUGGACUACGAUGACAUCUUGCUGAAAUGGCAGAGCAAUGUUCUGGGAAUACCGGAGGGAACACCGGGCUGCGAUGCUGAGGUGAAGGAAAGCCAUGACGCUGGUCACUACCUCUGCGACUACAUUUACUUCAACAGUCUAGCGCACACGGGACGGUGUUCCGGGAAGAUGCAAGGUGGCGAUAUCACAGCGAGGCCGGUACUGUUCUUGCAUGUUCCAGCUGAAAGCAAUGGAGAUAUGCUAGAACGAGGAACUACCAUCACAACUGAGUUGAUCCGAGCGAUAGCCGAUAGCUUCGCGGCUGGCAAGACGGAUUAGGCUGUCCAGCACUGAUGCCGCACAGCAGGCAUAUCUGAGGAGAACUCUGGCGCGAUUCUGUCAUUUUUCAGAGCAGCACAACAUACAUAGCGAUGGUGUUGAAGGAUGUUGAUAAAGGAUAGGUGAUAGUGAAGAACAGCUGGAUACAUGCGUGCCAGUAUUCGCGUUACCAUGGUCUCUCUUUCUACGAAAGGUACUACACUUUAGAAGUAGCUCGAACAUGAAAAU